AUGGCACGACGUGCACAAAUACUCGGAGCAGCAGUGUUGUCAAUAUUCGCCUCGAUCUAUCUGGCUUUUCAGAUCCUCCUCAGUGCCAACCACGAGCCCGCUUCUCUCCCUGGGUAUGCUCAUCCGCAGACUAUUCAAAUGCUGUAUACUGCCAGCUUACAAAACUCCACCGUUCGUCCUCCUCUGCGAGCUCAGGGGCGUUAUAUGGUUGAUAGCGUUGGCACUCGCAUAAAGCUGACUUCCAUCAACUGGUAUGGCGCAUCCGACGAACUCUUCGUGGUAGGAGGUCUGAAUGUUCGACACCGCGAUGACAUUGCUCGCACCAUCGCAGCCCUCGGUUUCAACAGCGUCCGACUUCCUUACUCAGAUCAGCUCGUCAUUGAGGAUCCUAUCAUCCCAUCUGCCCUGUUAAGCGCCAAUCCAGACCUUAUCGGGUUUUCUGCGGUCGAUGUCUAUAGCGCUGUGGUAACCUCCCUCACAUCAGCUGGGAUCCUUGUGAUUCCCAACAACCACAUCACCACGGCACGUUGGUGCUGUGACGCCAAUCUGUGUGACGGUAUCUGGCACAACGACUACCUUGGGCCGCUGUGCAAGGUUCCGCUGAGUAAAGCCACCUGGAUCGACCAUCUGGAGACCAUCAUGCGCCCUCACGUUACAAACCCCUUGGUCAUUGGCGUCGACCUCCGCAACGAGAUUCGUGCCGUCAAAGAUGGUUUUAUCUGGAAGGAAUGGGCCGCCGCCGCCGAAGAAGCCGCCGAGCGAUUGCACCUUAUCAAUCCAGAGUGGCUGAUGUUCAUCGAGGGCGUCUCCUCUGCCAACAUCCUUUCCGGCGCCCGCAAGCGGCCCGUCACGCUCAGCACACCCGACAAGGUCGUCUACUCUGCGCAUGUAUAUGGCUGGUCCGGGUGGGGCACGCUGCGACCGUACUGGAACCGUGACUAUGCUUCAUUUGCCAAAGACAUGCAGAAGCACUGGGGGUGGCUGCUCGACGAAGACGUUGCACCCGUCUGGAUAGGCGAGUUCGGCGCACCAAGCGAGGCAAACGGCCCCAACAAGGGUGAUCUUCGGUAUUGGCGGCAUCUGGUGCGCUAUCUUCGCGAGGUGGAUGCGGACUGGGGAUACUGGGCGCUCAACCCGCGAAAACCGAGGCAAGACGCAAUGGAAGGGUACGGCAUAUUGGACGACGACUGGGAGAGUGUGAGGUGGGACUACCGUCUGGCUGACCUUGGAUCCCUCAUGGCCGCAAGGGACAUGCUUGACCUGUGA